GUUUUCAGUCGAAGUUCACAGUUCAGCAUGGCUAUAAGUGUAUGUGGAAUCGUUUGGUGAAUUGUUAGGCUUUUAACCAUGUCACGAGUUUUAAGUGUAGUUAGCUCCCAACUACGAAGAAAUGUGUAUUUGUACCCAAGUCUGUUCCGAGUUCUCCAGCGGUCACUAAGCAGCACAGCACCCGCCAGAUAUGCAGCCGGGCAAGGUGAUCCCAAUGGCUCUACCCCCCUUGAGAAGCGGUGGAAGGACUCUGCUGAGACUCUGAUCAUUGGGGGAGGAUGUGUGGGCGUGAGUCUAGCCUAUCACCUGGCCAAGGCUGGCAUGAAGGAUGUGGUGCUACUGGAGAAGUCCCAGCUCACGGCUGGAUCCACCUGGCAUGCUGCUGGUUUAACUGCAUAUUAUCACCCAGGGAUUAACCUGAAGAAAAUUCACUACUACAGCAUUAAACUGUAUGAGAAGCUGGAGGAAGAAACAGGACAGGCAGUUGGGUUUCACCAGCCGGGUAGUAUCCGCAUUGCUUCCACCCCAGAGAGAGUGGAUGAGCUGAAAUACCAGAUGAGCCGCGCUCACUGGCACCCCAAUCCCCAGUCUCUGAUUAGCCCUGAGAAAGUACAAGAACUCUUCCCUCUGCUUAACAUGGACAAGGUCCUGGCAGGGCUCUAUAACCCAGGAGAUGGCCACAUUGAUCCCUACUCUCUGACUAUGGCGCUAGCAGCUGGAGCUAGGCAGUAUGGGGCCAAGCUCUACUUCCCUGCCCCAGUGACUGGACUCGCACCCACAGCUGAGGGGAAGUGGGAUGUAGAAACCCCACAAGGGACAAUAAGAGCCAACCGCAUUGUUAAUGCUACAGGGUUUUGGGCUCGUGAAGUGGGCAAGCUGGUUGGGUUUCAGCAUCCUGUCAUUCCCGUACAUCACCAGUACGUCGUCACAGCGUCCGUCCCCGAAGUGAAGGCUCUGAAGACAGAGCUGCCGGUGAUUCGGGACCUGGACGGGUCGUACUACCUGCGGCAGGAGCGAGACGGCCUGCUCUUUGGACCUUACGAGAGGCAGGAGAAAAUGAAGCUGCAGGAAUCCUGGGUAACAGACGGAGUCCCGCCAGGCUUUGGGAAGGAGCUGUUUGAGUCUGAUUUGGACAGAAUCAUGGAACAUGUAGAAGCUGCUAUGGAGAUGGUCCCUGUGCUGAAGAAUGCUGACAUCAUAAAUGUGGUGUCAGGCCCAAUUACCUACACCCCUGACCUGCUUCCCAUGGUGGGGCCACACCAAGGGGUUAGGAAUUACUGGGUGGCUAUAGGCUUUGGGUAUGGUAUCAUCCAUGCGGGCGGUGUGGGGAAGUUCCUGAGUGACUGGAUCAUGAAUGGAGAACCUUCCUAUGACCUCAUAGAGAUUGAUCCUAAUCGCUAUGGAAAAUGGACCUCAACAGCAUUCACUGCUGCCAAAGCCAGAGAAUCCUAUGGGUUUAACAACAUCGUUGGGUUUCCUAAAGAGGAGCGGUUUGCAGGCAGACCAACAGAGAGAGUGAGUGGGAUUUAUGAAACUCUGAAGUCCAAAGCGUCCAUGGGAUUCCAUGCUGGGUGGGAGCAGCCCCACUGGUUUUAUAAACCUGGAGAUGAUGUCGGUUACAAACCCAGCUUCCGGCGUACAAACUGGUUUGAGCCAGUCGGACGGGAGUGCAAGUUGGUGAUGGAGAAGGUGGGAGUGAUGGAUCUGACGCCUUUCGGGAAAUUCAUCAUCAGAGGAAAGGACUCCACAAAGCUGCUGGAACGCCUCUUUGCCAAUGUUAUUCCAAAGGUAGGUGUAACAAACAUCAGCCACAUGCUGACCCCCAGAGGCCGUGUGUACGCGGAGGUCACUGUGACCCAGCUCUCUCCGGGGGAGUUCAUGCUGGUCACGGGCUCAGGGUCAGAGCUCCAUGACCUAAGGUGGAUUGAGCAGGAGGCUGUGGAAGGCAGGUACAGUGUGGAGAUCACUAACGUGACUGAUGACAUGGGAGUGCUGGGCGUGGCCGGGCCGAACGCUCGCAAGGUCCUCCAGAAGCUGACAGAUGAGGAUCUGAGCAACUCCUCCUUCAGAUUCCUGCACUGCCGAUCGGUCACACUCGCCGACAUUCCUCUGACUGCAAUCAGGAUAUCAUACACAGGGGAACUUGGCUGGGAGCUGUACCACAAACGGCAACACACCGCCUCGCUUUUCCAAGCCGUCAUGGAGGCGGGGCAGGAGGAGGGGAUUGACAGCUUCGGAGCGUAUGCCAUGAACUCGCUGCGGAUGGAGAAGGGUUUCAGAGCAUGGGGAGCGGAGAUGAACUGUGACACAAACCCACUGGAGGCUGGCUUAGACUACUUCAUCAAGUUAAACAAGCCUGCAGAUUUCAUUGGGAAGCAGGCGUUGCUGGAUAUCAAGGCAAAGGGGUUGUCUCGCAAGCUGGCCUAUCUCACCAUGCAAACCGAUGACGUUGAUCCAGAGGGGAACGAAACCGUGUGGCACGAUGGCAAGGUUGUUGGUAACACGACUUCUGGAGCCUACAGCUACUCCAGUCAGCAGAGUGUGGCCUUUGCCUACGUCCCCACAGAGCUCAAUACAAUAGGCCAGAAGCUAGAGGUUGAGCUUCUGGGCAAAAACUAUGAAGCAACUAUUACAGAAGAGCCACUGAUACUCACAGAGCCCACAAGAACCCGCCUGCAGAAAAAGAGCAAGGCCACCAAGUGAGAGGGAAGACUAGUGUGUCUCCAGCCUGAACGAGUCUAUCAGGGGAAAACAACAAGGAACAAUGUGUUUCCACAACACUGGAAACUGGGAGCGGUUUUUAAAGGAAGCAUCUUUUAAACAAAAAGAAGGAAUGAUAUUACACACUGGGAGUCCACAGGAUUGGAAAGAUGGAAAAAUAAUAUUUUCACAAUGAGUAAAAUCUCACUGUAAGACGGGGAUUGGUAACAAUAGUUUUUUUAUUUCAAUAUCAUAGUAAUAAAAAGCUAGCAUUGCAGUGGCCCUUGUGUUAGCUUGGCUUCUUGUCUGUAGUGCCACUGCAUAGCUAGUGAUGAGAGUCUGGGAAGGGCAGUCAGAAGCUGGAUAUGCACCUUCAAUUGUUAGGAUUUGAACUGUAAAUACAGACCUUCACUGAGAGAAGGAAACUAAUUAAGAUCAAUUGUUUUGCAUAAUGAAACAAGCACACAUGAAUGUAAUUAACUGUAUAAUUUGAAGAUGCUUUGCAUUUUUAAAUCAGUAUUAAAAAGUGGACCCUA